AUGGCUGCACAAGCCCCUCCCACCUUCAAGCUCGUCCUCGUCGGCGACGGUGGUACUGGCAAGACCACAUUCGUCAAGCGCCACAUUACUGGUGAAUUCGAGAAGAAAUACAUUGCUACUCUCGGUGUUGAAGUCCACCCCCUCAAAUUCCAGACGAAUCUGGGCGCCAUCCAGUUCGAUGUGUGGGAUACUGCCGGACAAGAGAAGUUCGGUGGUCUAAGAGAUGGUUACUAUAUCAACGGUCAGUGUGGCAUUAUCAUGUUCGAUGUCACCUCCCGUAUUACCUACAAAAACGUCCCAUCUUGGCAUCGUGACCUGGUUCGUGUCUGUGAAAAUGUUCCCAUCGUCCUCUGUGGAAACAAGGUCGACGUCAAGGAGCGGAAAGUGAAAGCCAAAACCAUCACUUUCCACCGCAAAAAGAACCUCCAGUACUACGAUAUCUCCGCCAAGUCCAAUUACAACUUCGAGAAGCCCUUCCUCUGGCUCGCGAGAAAGCUCGUUGGUAAUCCUGGCUUGGAAUUCGUUGCCGAUAUUGCCCUCGCUCCACCUGAGACCGCAGUUGACGCUGCAGCGAUUGCCGCAGCGGAGGCGGAGAUGAAGGAAGCUGCUCAAAUGCCUCUUCCUGAUGAGGAGGAUGCCGAUUUCUAA